AUGGAAGAAAUGGAAGAAGAGUUAAAAUGCCCGGUGUGCGGCUCUUUCUACCGGGAGCCCAUCAUCCUGCCUUGCUCGCACAAUAUAUGUCAGGCGUGCGCCCGCAACAUCUUGGUGCAAACCCCGGAGUCGGAGUCCCCCCAGAGCCGCCGGGCCUCGGGCUCCGGGGUCUCCGACUACGACUACCUGGACCUGGACAAGAUGAGCCUGUACAGCGAGGCGGACAGCGGCUACGGCUCCUACGGGGGUUUCGCCAGCGCCCCCACUACCCCUUGCCAGAAGUCCCCUAACGGCGUCCGUGUGUUUCCUCCAGCCAUGCCGCCGCCGGCCACCCACCUGUCACCGGCCCUGGCCCCGGUGCCCCGCAACUCCUGCAUCACCUGCCCCCAGUGCCACCGCAGCCUCAUCCUGGAUGACCGGGGGCUCCGCGGCUUCCCCAAGAACCGCGUCCUGGAAGGAGUCAUCGACCGCUACCAGCAGAGCAAAGCCGCGGCCCUCAAGUGCCAGCUCUGCGAGAAGGCGCCCAAGGAGGCCACCGUCAUGUGUGAACAGUGCGAUGUCUUCUACUGCGACCCCUGCCGCCUGCGCUGUCACCCACCCCGGGGGCCCCUCGCCAAGCACCGCCUGGUGCCCCCGGCCCAGGGCCGCGUGAGCCGGCGGCUGAGCCCGCGCAAGGUGUCCACCUGCACGGACCACGAGCUGGAGAACCACAGCAUGUACUGCGUGCAGUGCAAGAUGCCCGUGUGCUACCAGUGCCUGGAGGAGGGCAAACACUCCAGCCACGAAGUCAAGGCUCUGGGGGCCAUGUGGAAGCUGCACAAGAGCCAGCUCUCCCAGGCGCUGAAUGGGCUGUCAGACAGGGCCAAGGAAGCCAAGGAGUUCCUGGUGCAGCUUCGCAACAUGGUGCAGCAGAUCCAGGAGAACAGUGUGGAGUUCGAGGCCUGCCUGGUGGCCCAGUGUGACGCCCUCAUCGAUGCCCUCAACAGAAGGAAAGCGCAGCUGCUGGCCCGCGUCAACAAGGAGCACGAACACAAGCUGAAGGUGGUUCGAGAUCAGAUCUCUCACUGCACUGUGAAACUGCGCCAGACCACAGGUCUCAUGGAGUACUGCUUAGAGGUGAUUAAGGAAAACGACCCUAGUGGCUUCUUGCAGAUCUCUGACGCCCUCAUAAGGAGAGUGCACCUGACUGAGGACCAGUGGGGGAAGGGCACACUCACUCCCAGGAUGACCACCGACUUCGACUUGAGUCUGGACAACAGCCCUCUGCUGCAGUCCAUUCACCAGCUGGACUUCGUGCAGGUGAAAGCUUCCUCUCCAGUCCCAGCAACCCCCAUCCUACAGCUGGAGGAAUGUUGCACCCACAACAACAGCGCUACUCUGUCCUGGAAACAGCCGCCCCUGUCCACGGUGCCCGCCGAAGGAUACAUUCUGGAACUGGAUGACGGCAGCGGGGGUCAGUUCCGGGAGGUGUAUGUGGGAAAGGAGACAAUGUGCACCGUGGAUGGCCUUCACUUCAACAGCACCUACAACGCUCGAGUCAAGGCCUUCAACAAAACAGGAGUCAGCCCGUACAGCAAGACCCUGGUCCUGCAGACGUCCGAGGACACAGAUUCAGAAGAACAGACCCUCCCUUUUCCAGUGCCUUCGGAAAGAUUGCCGCUCCGUAGAAUGAGUCCUUUCUCCUCCACCCUUAAUCUACAAGCCAGCUUCCCGGGGAGAGCCUACUUUGGUUUCCGAUCCUCACCCCACCAGCAGAGUUUGCAUUCCUCUUUACAGUCUCUCAAUGCACCCGGAUGCAAUUUUGAGACACAGUCUGCACCUUACUCUCAAUUAGUUGACAUUAAAAAGCUGUUGGCAGUGGCCUGGUUCGCUUUUGACCCUGGCUCGGCGCACUCAGACAUCAUCUUCUCCAAUGACAACCUGACAGUGACCUGCAGCAGCUACGAUGACCGGGUGGUGCUGGGGAAGACCGGCUUCUCCAAGGGUGUGCACUACUGGGAGCUCACGGUAGACCGCUAUGAUAACCACCCUGAUCCUGCCUUUGGCGUGGCUCGCAUCGACGUGACGAAGGAUGUGAUGUUAGGAAAGGACGACAAAGCCUGGGCAAUGUAUGUGGACAAUAACCGGAGCUGGUUCAUGCACAGCAACUCGCACACCAACAGAACCGAGGGAGGGAUCGGAAAAGGGGCCACUGUUGGGGUCCUCCUCGACUUAAACAGGAAAACGUUGACGUUUUUUAUCAACGAUGAACAGCAAGGUCCCAUUGCGUUCGAGAACAUGGAGGGUCUGUUCUUCCCUGCCGUCAGCCUCAACAGGAACGUGCAGGUCACGCUUCACACCGGGCUGCAGGUCCCCGACUUCUACUCCAGCAGAGCGUCAAUAGCCUAAGGAUGUGCGUGGAGGCGCCAGCUGCCCGUCUCACCUCCACCUGCGGGAGCCAGGGUGAGGCGCUCAGCCAACUGUGCAGAGGGGUACAGCGAGCAGGCGGGAGAAGGAGAGGUGGGAGAAGACAGCUGGUCCUCCACGGUCUUCACACCCACAGCUCUGCCCUUACCCCUCCACGUCUCCCCACCUCUGCCAUGCCUGUGUUUGCUUCCAUAUCCAGAGAUUCUAACCAACCAUGGACCCAGACAGCCCGCCACGCCACUUCGCCACUCCCAGGUUUUGCUUUGAUUUAACUUAAGUUUCUCUGUAGGUGAGUUCUAUUUUGCUUCUCGUCCAAUCAUGUUAUUGGUGACUUAUUGAACUGGCAUUGCCCAGAGAAUGUUCUCCCAGUAACUAUUUUCUUGAGCUUUCUGUUGGGAAAGAGGUGGUAGAGGGAGGUAGGGAAGAAAGAGCUGAAUUUGGAACUUGCAGCUCACUCCCUAGAAUGCCGUUGCCCUGUUCCCUCCCAGGCAGCGUCAGCUCCACAGAGCUCAUCGUUGGGAGGUGGGCAGAGUGAGCCUAGCGCUGAGAAGUUUCACUACCCAUUGAAGCACAAAAAUAUCAGCUACACAGGUUUACAUCACGCUAGGAUCAUUAAGAUGGCCCCAUCAUUGGGGCAGGCCAGAAACCCCAGCCUUGCUACAAAAUCAGAAAGCUUGUAGACAUAGGCAGGCCAGGGGACUUGAUGAUUUGGGACUCCUUUACAAAUAUUUAACGGAGAACAUACUAUGGACCAGGCACUGUGUUUUAAUUCAACACUGUGGAGACACAGAGCUGGGUGAACAGGUGCACUUCCUGCCUCCUGGAGCUUAUAGUGUAGUGGGAGAAUGAAGCAAAACUAAAAUGAUUAUAAAUUUUCAUUUGUAGCAGACAGGAAAUAGACAAAGGUCAAAGAAGCUGCUUGGCAAGAGUUUUCACGUUCCCUAGAACAAUGGUAAAAAUCCACGUAUUCUGGCUGUAGCACCAGAAAUGGCCCAACUCAAGGCCUUUUCCACUGUGUUGUCUUUAAUCGUGGUACCUGCUACCAUUCAUCACAGGGCCUUUCUCUGGCAGAAACGGUGUCAGCAUUCAUAUGUGUUGAUGCUACAACUAUGCUAAGCCUUAAAAGUGGAUGGCA